AUGACCGGUCUUGAUCUUAUCUUGGGUUUGGACUGGUUAUCUAAGAACCAUGUUCUGCUCGACUGUUCUGCAAAAUCGGUGUACUUUAUACCGGAAGAUAAAGAAGGUCCAGUUGUGUUGAAUAGUUAUUACUUGAACUCUAUGAUGGUGAAUUGUUCUAGAACCGAAUGUCAGGAUAUUUUGUUGUUAACUGUGGGUGUUUCGGGUGAUGAUCAAAGAUUGGAGCAGAUUCCGAUUGUGUGUGAGUUUCCGGAGGUGUUUCCUGACAAUAUUGAUGAGUUUCCACCUAACCAAGAGGUUGAGUUUGCUAUUGAGCUGUUGAGACCUCAUGAAGCUAAUUACCCUAUGCACGAUUUGGAACUUGCUGCAGUUGUGUUUGCCUUGAAGAUCUCAAGCGACUUUAAAUCCGAACUCCUAAAGGCUCAUGAAAACGAUGACGUGUUACCGAAAGUGUUGCCAGCUAUUGAGCAAGGAAAGCGGUGGAGAGUGUCAGAGGAUUAG